AUGCGCAAGGAUUACGAAGGGGGGACACUUAUGCUGUGCUCGAUGCUCCCCCGGAUACGGUACCUAGAAGUCGGCCGCAUGCUUCUCAAGCAAAAGGAAGUGGUGCAGGCCAAGAUUCGGGCCAUAAGUAAAAGCCACAUUGUUCAUCAACAGUCGCAGCAAUGGGCCAACAUUGCCGUAAGCCCGAUCGACCCCCUUGCUAUUCCUGCUAUCCGGGCAACUGGUUGGUGCUCGGAUAUGGACGACUUGUCAAGGGAGCCUCGCCACGGACCGCAUUUUAAUGAGCUUCGACGUGUUUUGUAA